AUGGCCAGCUACCUGUUCUGUAAGCUGCACCCUGUCAAUUACACAGAAGACUUUCGUCAACCUCGGUUAACUGAAGCACUCAUAUUUGUCUAUCAAGUUUGUACAAACAUGCCACCCAGAUGCAGCACCUGUAAUGAGCUCGCAAGUUGUCUGCGCGACCUUGCCACUCAAGCUACGGAAGACCGAAAAACGCAUACUGCCGCUCAGGUUCGACUCGUAGGCUCCAACAUUGAGCUUCAACUUCACCGUACUAGGCAAAUUCAGGAGACAACAAGGAUGUUCAGCAGGUUGGAGAGAUACAAGCGUGAUAACGGCCGAAUGAGAGGCAUGCUUGCCUAUCUCUUGGCUGAAAAUCAACGCCAGAAAGACAUGAUCUCGGAGCUGGAAGCGCAAAACGGACGAAAAGCGGAGCUUGCCAGAGACUUGGCAUGCGUUUCUGCUCUGCUUGACCUGAGGUCUUGA